ACCUCAUCCCGUGUUAACUAAAUGAGUCACUUCCUGUCCCCAAAGGCACCACUCUGUCCAUCCCAGCAGUCACAUUUCUCAUAGAUGCAGGACCGAGCAAAACCUGUAAAAUGUUACUACUUCAGGUAGUUAUUCUGACUUCGAUUUUGUCUUACGGAUGUGCACAAAUACAUCUGAAACAAGCUCAGUUGUCCGUUACCAGGAAAGAAGGUAAAACUGCACGUAUAGACUGUGAGGCUUCUGGCAUUCAGGACUUCGGGAAUGCUUAUAUACACUGGUACCGACACAGACCUGGUGAAGCUCCAGAGCGGAUUCUGUACAUCUCAUCUGAAAAACCUGUCUUUGACAAAGACUCCGAUAAGAACAAGUUUAAUUGUGAAAAGAAGCCUGACCAGCCCAUCUCUACCCUAGUAGUAUAUGAAAUAGCUCCUAACGAUGGAGCUACCUAUUAUUGUGCCUAUUGGGAUCGCACAUAUGGAAUAAAGUACUUUGGCUCCGGCACCAAACUGUUGGUUUCAAAUACAGAAGCAAAACUCCAAUCCAACAACACGCAGGUCCUACCUCCUUCUACUGAACAAGAUGGGAAAGUAUCAUACAUGUGCCUCAUUCAGGAUUUUUACCCAAAUGUCAUUAAGGUGACUUGGGAAGACGACGAGAAUAAUGAAGAGGAAAAUGCAGUGCUUGGGGAAAUUUGGCCCCCUGAGGACAAUCGAACUUCAUACUCAAUAAGCAGCUGGCUGACCGUAGAUAAAAAUAGCAGCAAGAAUUAUCGCUGCAAAUAUCAACAUGAACGCAAAGACGAUUUUGUCCCUAUCAAAACUCCAGACACCUCCGUAGUGUCUCAAACCACAGAAAGUUGUAUCAACAAACCUGAAAAUGGCACCACGCUUUCCACAGACAUUACAGACAGUUUCAUGCACAGGACAGCAUAUUUAAUAUACAUUGUCCUACUCCUGAAAAGCACCAUGUACUACGUCAUCGUACUCUUCUUCAUAUACAGGAUGCAAAGUCCAAUCAAGCACCGGGGAAAGAAACCUUAAACUUCUCCUUACAACUUCCAAUGUCAGCAUUUGUGUCUGAAAUUUACUUUGCUUUGCCAUAAGCCUGUUCAUAAGAAACACCUUGCUCUAAAUAUUAAGACAUGCAUUUCAAUUUGAUUUUGUUGUUCAUUUCUCUAAUUAGCACAGAUGGCUUCUUCUGCUUGAGAGCAAAGAGUUUUAUAUGUGACCAUAUUUCCUAUUUUAUUAUUUUAAUUUUACUUGUAACUGUGGAACUUCCAGGGCUGAGGCUACACUCCUUGAUUUCAAUGGGAAUUUUGCAUCACAAAGUAGUGCAGACCCAGAGGAUUUAGCAGUACAAUAAAGGACAGCUCUACACUUAAAAAGCUGUAGCUCUUUAGUGAAGAGCUUCUCCUGUUGGCAUAGUUACUCCACCUGCUGGAGAGGCAGUCACUGUGUCCACAGGAGACGCUCUUCUGUUGACAUAGAGCUUAUCCUGCCGAUCAGCUGCUUGGCGGAAGGUGGGAGGCAUUGGGGGGAGGGGCCGGAGAGAGGGGAGAGGUAGAGGUGGGGUGAGGGCAGGGCGUGCUCAGGGGAGGGGGCAGAGCAUGGUGGGAAGAGGUGGGGCAGAUACUGGGCCAUGGGGAAGGGGGCAGAGCAGGGAGGAGAAGAGGCGGAGCCAGGGUGGGACCUUAGGGGAAGCAGUGGAGUGGGGUGGAGCACCCACCCAGAAAGAAGAAAGUCGGCACCUGCAAAAAAACCCUUAUCCUGCAAAAAAACAUGUGCACAAAAAGAACUUUUUGGAUGUGGAUAGGCCAACUGCAUUCAGUGAAGUCAAUGGGAAAACUCGUCCCAUAAAUAUUUGCAGGGGUGGAGUCCUCAUCUGUAACUUAAAAUGAUUUGACACUUCAUUUCUACUAAUUGCAUUUAUUUGCAAAACAAAAACAGGCUUCUGAAAUAUGACUAAUUUUUUAAUUGAAAGAUUAAUGGAUUUUAAAUAAAAUUCAGCAUUGCA